CAUAGCUGGCUGCUCAAAGUAUAAAGUAUAGGCCUAUACCUCAUCAGCGUUUAGCAGGUGAAUAUCUACACUGACAAUGAAGAAAGAGAGAGAGGGAAAGAUGCCCUUGUGGGUCACCUGGAUUCUGCUCCCACUCAUAGUACGAGCUCAGAGUGGGGAUGCGGAGGGUAAGAACUGUUUUUGUUGUCAAACAUUAUCUAUAUAUCUAUAUCUAUAGAUAUAGUUACAGGAAGCUUUUACAUUUCAAGAAUUUAAAGAAAAUUACUCAGUCCUAUGAAAGUUAUAACCUAAUAUCAGGAGUGUGCAUCUCUCCUCUAAAGGACAAUCCUAUACGUAAUGUGAUGGAAAAAUGCACAGGUUGUGACCUUUUUUAAAUCUAAGGCUUUUUUCUCUAUUCCGUGUAAUGUCUUGCCACCCUGCUUUUCCUCAGUGUCGUCUACGAAUUGACCUUUGUGAUUGGCUAGCUGACCCACUGCCACAUUCCUCAGAGUCAAUAAAAAUGUUAACCUUUGUGCUCUGGUCAACUGUCCUACCUUCCUCAGAGUCAAUCAAAAUGUUAACCUUUGUGCUCUGGUCAGCGUUCCUACCUUCCUCAGAGUCAAUCAAAAUGUUAACCUUUGUGCUCUGGUCAGCUGUCCCCCCUUCCUCUGUGGUAUCUAAUUUUGUAAACCCUUUUUUAUUGGUAACCGGCCUACCUUCCUCAGAGUCAAUCAAAAUGUCAACCGGUCACAAGGAGGAAGACAAAAUGUACCUGAUACUUCUUUCCUCUCUGGCAGAAACGCAGAAAGAAGAUAUUAAAUUAUUCUGCACAUCCCACAUCGGUGUUGGAGAGAACAGCAUUUUAACAUGCAACCUGGUGGAUAGAAAGCGAUAUAUUGAAGAUGAUGAAGAUGAAGAGGACAGCAUAAAGAGCAUCACUGUUUGCAAAUCUUUUCCUCCAAGCUGUUGUAAGAAGAUGGGGAACAACAUGACAAUAACCUGGAUCCCGCUAACAUACAAUUAUACCUUCAAGCUGAGGAGUGGCGGUGUCUUCAGCAGAGUGAUAGACCUUCGGCAAAUAAUCAAACCAAAAAGUCCUUCUGUGACGAGUGCUGUUUUUCAACCUGAGAGCAACCAAGCUAUGAUCUACAUUAAGACUCCUUAUGACAAGGAUUUCCUCAAAACCAGUAAUCAACUCUUUCAAUACUACAUUUGGAGUGCAGCGGGCAGCGAAUUGACAAGGAACGUGACGGGGGAAGAGUCCCUGGUCAUCGCAGCGGAGCACCUCACCGAAGGAACUAUGUAUCAAGUCAAGGUCCGAGCCAUCCCAUUCGACCUGUAUGGGGGCAGUUGGAGUGACUGGAGCAACACUGUUGAAUUUUACAUCAACUCUACUACAAAAGAGAUAGGAGAGGGGAGUGCCGAAUUUCUGCAUCAGAUGAUCACUGUGGGGAUUGUUUCCGGGAUUUUGGUCAUCGCCAUCUUCUGUGCGAUUUGUGUCACGAGAAAAAACAUCCACCAUAAGAUACGCGCGUACACCAGUUACACGCACGUACCAAGAAUUCCAUCAACCCUGUCGCCGAUUUACAAGCAGGUCAAACUGGGCUUCGCGAUGACCUUAGAACCCGAACAGUUCAGUCACAUGAACGUUCAGCCGAUGAAGAAGACUGAGGAGAGACCAGGCGAAUCGCAGGCCGCGACCUCCGAGCCCACCUCCCCGCGGGAGGACAGCGGCUUCGGGUUGGACCAGGAGCUCUCCACGUCGGGGAUGCGAUGGAGGUCUGCCAGCGACACCAGCGGCUUCACCGGGGAGUCUGCCUCCACUGCCCUCAGCGAGAGCUCUGAGGAGGAAACCUACUCCCGGCCAAACAACAGAAGUCCCUCCCCUUCGAUGGGCAUGCACGCCGCUGAAGGAAGACGGGACGCCUCGGAGUCUUCUGGUGACGGCCAGAGAGAUGCCAGCCCCGAGGUGAACGGACCCACCCAGCCCUGUAGGGACGCGGUCUAUGUCACCAUGUCCAGCUUCUAUUAUCACAAUGACCAGAGAGGUCAAUCAGACUCUGUAGUCACUGAGUAGAGCCAUCGGCGCAAUUACUCCAUUUUCCACUCCGACACCCCCUGACCAAAACAUAAACCAUUGACAUUGAAGGUAAAUGUGUGAGUAUGAGAGGGAGAAUUGUGUUUUUUUGGUUUAUUUUGAAAGAUAUAUAUUUUUUGAGAGAGUAAGUGAUUUGAUUGCAGUUUCGAGCACUUCAAACAACAACGUGGUAAACACCCACAAGCAGCCACUAGAGAGUUUGGGGCAAUGCCAGCAUAAUGCAUUGUCAAAUGUGACUCAUAAGGUCGUGUCGGGCUGGUUCGUCCCGAGGCUAGAAGGUUUUAAUUAUGAAGUUGUGACUUGGUCGUAAAUAAUACGUCUGAAAAUGUUUUUCUUUGUACUCCACUGUUCCAUGGGUCAUACGCCCCAGAGAGAUGUUGCUCAAAAUGCUGCUGCCUGUAUUCAAUACAUUUUGUGUUUAAAGUAAGAACUAUAUAUAUAGUAUAGCCUGCCUAUUGUAUUCUAUUGAUAGGGUAUUGCUGCUUUUACAAAAUACAUCUGUAGAUAUUAAGAUAUGUACAGCUUCAGAUAAUUUAAAUGAUAUGAUUGUAUUCUUCUCUUUUACAAUAAACCAUCAAAUACAUUUCAGAAUCAACAUUUUAUUGAGAAAAUUGAGCGGUAGGAUAAUUAUAGAAAUGUAUCGCAUUUAUAUAGCACUAUUCAAGACACCCAAAGUGCUUUAUUUUACUGUGUCCGUGUGCGCGUGUGUGUGUGUGUGUACCAGUGGAUAGGGUUACAUUGACAUACUGAGGUUUAUAAAAGACGGCAAAUAAUACAAAUUUAAAAUACUCAAAGAUAAAAACAAAUGAAUCAACAAGAUUAAAAAAAACUAUAUUACAAACACCUACACUCACUAACGUCAACAAAGACAUGCAUACUUUGGGUAGCACAGGUUACCCAUGUAGCUUCCUUGCACUACCAAUAUAUUAAAUGUAUAUAAAAAAGCAAAAUCAGGUUUCAGUUGUACCCCUUCUGAUCAUGAAAUCUUCCCCGGUGAUGUCCUCUUCUGUAAUCAUCUCCAGUAGUAAUGAUAUCUUCAGCGGUGAUGUCAUCCUUAGCUGUGAUACAAUUUUCAGCAGCGAUGUCAUUUGAAAUCAUCAAUUUU